UUUUUUCAGUCCUGAUAAUAUUUAUUACAAUUAACAAUGAACAACCAUUCGACUAAUAUAGAAGUGGUUGUUCAAAAUGGUCGUUUAUUUUGACAUCAUUACGAAAACAAUUAAAAGAGGAAAUUUAAAACCGUUUCUGAAAUUGACUGAUAAAGUUUUUAAUUAUGCAAAAUUUGUGUCUACUGCAACUGUAAAUGUCACUUCUAAUGCAACUAAAGCAACUCAAACACUAAAAUCAUGGGAUGAAAUUCCUGGCCCGUCGAAGCUGCCAAUCAUAUCAUCAUUACAUCACUUUCUUCCCUUAGGUUCUCUGUAUAAUCUAAGCGGGUAUAGCCUCAUGGACAAGCUGUACAAAACAUAUGGACCAAUUGUGAAGCUUCCCGGGAUAUUUGGAGCGCAGACCUAUGUUAUGUUGUUUGACACCGAAAGCAUUGGCAAUAUUCUUCGAAAUGAGAAUUACUUGCCAAAGCGACCUGGGUUUAUAUCUCUGGAGCAUUAUAGAAAGGUAUAUAAGAAAAAGAAAGGAGAAAUAAUACCCGAAAUAACAGGAUUAGGAUCUGAUCACGGAGAGGCAUGGAAAAAGUUGCGUUCUAUAGUCAAUCCAAUACUGAUGCAACCCAAGACAAUAAAGUUGUACGCAGCCACAACAGAUGAAGUAGCUUGUGAAGUGGUUGAAAGAAUUAAAUCAGCUAGAGAUGAUAACGGCCUGUUAAAGAAUGAUUUGGGACACGAAAUGGCACUGUGGUCCAUGGAAACGAUUGCGUUGGUGACUCUUGGCGGCCGCCUUAAUUGCUUUGAUCCUAAUCUACCAGCAGAUUCUCCUGUGAAAAAACUAAUUUAUUAUGCACACGAGGCUUUCGCCUCGGUAGAUAAGUUAGAUUUACGACCAAAUCUUUGGAAAUUGUAUCCUACGAAAUUGUACAAAAAAACUAUGAGAGUGCUUCAAGAGCUAGAAGAUGUGAAUAAGUACUUUAUCCAAGAAGCAAUCAAUAGAUUAAAAACUGAAACAAAGUCUGAUAAGGAGAAAGGAAUGUUAGAGAAGUUACUUGAGAUCGACGAACACAUUGCACAUAUAAUGGCAAGCGAUUUGUUGUUUGCCGGAGCUGAUACGACGUCACAUUCGGUAAUACUUAUAUUAUACUUACUGGCAAAGAAUCCAGAAAAGCAAAGGAAAUUGAGAGAAGAGAUAAUGUCUGGUUCUGAAAAGCGGCCAUAUUUGAAGGCAUGUUUAAAAGAAGCGAUGAGAGUAAUGCCAGUAGCUUCAGCAAAUACGAGGGAGACUUCUAAGGAGUACAACAUCCUUGGUUACCAUAUACCAAAACAUAAAAAUUUCAUAUUCGCUCAUGAGUACACAUCGAUGAUGGAAUGUCACUAUCCAAGACCGAAGGAAUACAUUCCAGAGCGUUGGUUGGCGGAUAAGGAUGAUCCCUUGUACUAUGGAAAUGCUCACCCGUUUGCAUAUAGCCCGUUCGGAUUUGGUGCGCGGAGUUGCAUCGGUCGCCGCUUAGCCGAACUGAUGAUUGAAACAUUGGUCGUUCGCAUCAUACAGAAUUUUCACAUCCAAUGGUUUGGUGAACCCAUGAAGCUAUAUCACGGCACUUUGAAUUGUGUCCAAGCCCCGUAUAAUUUUAUUUUUAAGGAUGUACAAUGUUAAUUCAUUUUUAAAGUUAAAAUAAGUUUUUAUAUGUCAAUACAUGUAUACCUAAUUUGCAAGCACUUUAAUUGUAAUUGACCGAUUUUAAAAACUAUGGUGUUGGAUACCACAAUCGUGAAUGACUAAGAACAUCUGGAUAAUUUAUAUCGUUAAAUUAUUUUGUACCCAAAUG